AUGGCUGGAACGAAAUCUACAGAGGCGCUCCCUGCUCUUCCUUCGGAUAUAACGGUCGAAUGGUUAGGCUCCAAACUCAGGCACAAGGUCAAGUCGAUCGAGAACACCCACAGCAUUUGGGGAACGGCAAGCAAACUGUUUUACGCUAUCACGUAUGAAGAAGAUGAAACCGAUAAAAAUGAUGACGGCGAGGGAAGACCGACACAUAUCUGCAUCAAGGGCGUGUUUGACCCCAAGAUGAUAGAAGCUCAGCCGUGGACGGUUAGUUUGGCACAGCGAGAGGCUGAAUUUUUUUCCAAGGUGGCGUCGCAAGUGAGAAACAUGAUAUUCCCCAAGGGAUGGUGGUCAGGCAUGAGCGAGAAGCAGGGCAUCGCCAUCAUGAACGACCUCACGAAGGAAGGAUGCUCUUUUGCCGCUGAUGUGGCCUCAUACGAAGUCAAGAAGGUCAUGAACGGGGUAGAACAGCUUGCUGCUCUUCAUGCGCAAUACUGGGGCCAAAGCCAAGAAGACCAUCCCUGGAUCUGGAACAAUUACGACCCCGCGUUGAAGUUUAUCUGCACUCCAUGGGAUGAUGUGGUGCGUCAAUUAGGUCGACCCCAGCUACCCGAACACCUGAUGAACGGAAAGCUCUGCAAUGAGGCAUUAAAUCGUUACUUUGCCGAACGCAACCCACGCUUCCGUACGCUUCUACACGGAGACACCCAUAUUGGGAAUAUCUACUUCACGGCUGAAGGAAAAAUUGGGUUUCUAGACUGGUCAGCGUUCCAUUUCGGAUCCUGUUUCCACGACAUCGUGUACCACAUGACGGCCAUGCUGAGCAUUGAGGAUCGUCGUUCUCACGAAAUGGAAAUCCUUGAUCAUUACCUCGACGCCCUGCAUCAAAUGGGUGGACCCAAGUUUGACCGAAACGACCCUGAGGUUAUGAUUGAAUACCGACGCUCUUUCAUGACUAACGUAAUCUGGCUCGUCUGUCCCGAUGGUCUGCAGUCUAAGGAGCGGGUUGCUAUGUUGUGUGAGCGUGCUGUGGCUACGUAUGAAGACCACAAGGUCAUUGAAGUCAUUUUGGGCCAGCCGGAGCCUACUGCUGCUGCACCUGGGGCUUGA